AUGCUGCUGUCUUGUGUCAGCGCGGCUCAGCUUUCUAAUUAUGCUACAUCUUUGACUGACCCAUCAGUGGCUCCUCUGAGUAUUGUCAUGACAUCAUUAUCUACCGCUACGGCUGUUUUUGUGACCCCUUUAUUGUCACUUCUUCUCAUUGGCAAAAGAUUGCCCGUCCAUGUGAAAGGAAUGGUUUCCAGCAUUUUGCAGAUUGUCGUCACACCCAUCGCUGCAGGGCUGCUUCUGAAUAGGUUCUUCCCUUGGAUUUCUAAUGCCAUACGACCACUUUUGCCGCCACUCUAUGUCUUUGUGACGGCUCUAUGCGUUGGAGCACCUCUUGUGAUGAACAUCGAUUCCAUCAUUUCUUCAUUUGGUUUGACGAUCUUGUCACUCGUAAUUGCAUUUCAUCUGACGGCAUUCGUCAUUGGAUACUUCCUUCCCGGUUUCUUCUUCCGGAAGGCUCCUGCUGUAAAAGCAUUGCGGAGAGCACUAUCCUUUGAGACAGGAAUGCAGAGCAGCCUUCUUGCGCUCGCUCUAGGAAAUAGAUUCUUUCAACAUCCACUCGUGGCUGUGCCUCCAGCUAUCUCUGUAAGUGAAAAUAUUAAUUGUCAACAGAACUUUACCUUUAUCCUUUUUAAUAAAUUAAUGUCACUCGUCUCAUAGCAAAUGGGAGCUAACUUCUAUAUUGGUUUUUGGAGAAAGUAGAGUAUGAUCAGUUAAAGUUCUUUCCUUUCGCGGGCCACACUACAGCUAAUCCUUUAGUAAUUUGCGUGUUCCUUUAAACUAUAUGCUUGAGAUCUUCUUACUUUUAGGCUCGACCACACUAGGCCUUUACAAUUUGAGUGCCAACAGCAUAAAACACCCCCGAAAACAGGUCAAGUUAGCUUGUGGAGCAAUUUAGAAUUUUUUUUCUUUGUCAAUUCCUUUUCAUGAGAGGUUUUCUUCUAUAUCAUCAUACGGAAUGCCACUGUAACCGAGGAAUAUUUCUGUAGCCAAUUAAAAGUCAUGCCUUUGUGGCGGCCCUCUUUGAUCGAAGAAUUCCUGCAGCCUGCAUGUCUGAUGAUGCGUGCAGAUAUUUGAGGAGCUGCCACAAAAUUAAGGUUAGGGGUCGAGGAAAACCGACAACGAUGACGAGACAAGAGAUGGAGCAUGGAAUGGGAUGAUGGCUGGCUGGAGAUCGCAGUCAGCGCAUGAAGGAGGAAGAUGGAAGAAGCAGGGCAGAGGAGACUCGUCGGCUUCAUCGCUCUAGGUCUCCUUCUCUCUCUCUCGGAGCAGGCCAGUCACUCGCAAGGCACGUGAUAGCGUACACCGACCCGCACCCUAACACAACCCACAGCCGAACACGCGUCGAAUAAUAGGCCUCUCUGUCCUUCUCUCUCCCCCAAAUUGAUGGUUACACUUGAAUAAUAGGACCUCUCGGUCCAUCCCUCGAUAGUAACACCCCAAAAAUUGAUGUUCAAACCCGAAUAAUAUGACCUCUUUGUCCAUCCCCUCACAGUAACACCCCGAAAAUUGAUGUUUAGAUCCGAAUAGU